CAAUACUGGCACAUUCUGUUCCUUACCUUCUUGGUAUCAUAAUUUUUGUCUCCUCCCCUUUAAGUAACCCACAGCAUGUGCUCAGCCUCUCACUCAGUGCAGAUACAAAGAGGAACAUAAAGACAUUAUGAUGAGAAUCAUCACCAGGAUCAUUCUUCUGCUUCUCUGCUUCUGUCCUUCAUUGUGCACAAGAGUUCAGCAGGUUCCAUCAUCAAUAUUAGGAAGUAUUCAUGGUGAAACAAGAAUCAGCUGCAACCAUUCAGAGAGUACAUACAACGUAAUAUUGUGGUACCAGAAGCCAAGGGGUGACUCUGCUCUUAAACUGAUUGGACAUCUUUUAUAUGGAAACCCAACCAUUGAGGAUGGAUUCCAAGGAUCUUUCAAAAUUAGUGGAGAUGGGUCAGUAAAAUCACAGCUUGAAGUGGAGAAACUCAAAGCUGAAGACAGCGGUAGUUAUUACUGUGCAGCUAGUAUACACAGUGAGCUAGUUAACGUCUUGCUUUUACAAAAACCCUACAUGAUAUUACGCCACAUAAAUAAGCAGCAAGGAAGAGCGCACCUGCAUCUAGCUGCUGUUUAUGGCAGGAAAUCACCAGUGAUAUCAGCCAUAAAACCAUCUCUUCCUGUGUUAGCCCACACAGAAGAAUGCAUUGAUGAUGAAGUGACACACAUAAUGUGGAUCCCGCCUCUUCCUUUACAUUCAGGCAGCUCUGUUCAUAUUCAUCACACCUUUGUUUUCAUCAAUGUAAGGAUCAUGAUCAGACUCAUCAUCCAUUUUGGAACGCUGUCGUUCUGUUUAACAGAAGUCCCAAAAUCUGGCGUUCAUCAGACUCCAGCUGCCCUCAUUAAGGCCCCAGGAGAGGAAAUCCAAAUACACUGCAACCAUUCAAACAAUAAAUUGGAUAUGAUACAGUGGUACAAGCAGUCUCCGGGGAAAAAUGAAAUGAUUCUACUCGGUUAUGCACGAUUUACCUUUACAGCUGUUGAAGAUGCAUUUGAAAACAUUUAUAAAGUGACAGGUGAAGGAAGUAAACUGUCAACUUUUCACAUUCCAAAGCUGAGAGAGUCUGUGGACAGCGCCAUGUAUUUCUGUGCUGCCAGCGCUGCACAGUGUUGCAUCUACUAUCCUUCUUCAACAAAAACCUUCUCUAAUGCAGACAGCAGCAGUUAUUCUGGAGAGCACCAAAUAAACCACAUAUCAGUGACUGCUCACACAGCUGUCAUGCCAUGAAACAGCUAUAAUUAUUUCAUCCUUUAGGGAGCACUGUUGCUCUCCACAUUGUUUGAAUUAUGAUCAUUCCUCAUUAUGAGGAAACAAUACAAAACUCUUAAACACAGCAGGAGUUCUCUAGAAAGAAAAAGAUGAGCAAUAGAAUCAAGAAUAAUAGAAAUGGGUAGAGAAGAAGAAAAAGCAAUAGUGACAGGAGCAUUGAGGAGACUGCUUCCCUGUUAGCUCCUUCCUUUCUCUGUACUUACAUCCUGCCCCACCAUGCAACAAUCAUCUGUUUCAUUCACCCACAACCUCAGCUUUCUUUCCCUUUCCUCUAUUAACUUCAGCCAGUUCCCUUCCCUUUCUAGCCUUAGCCCAGGACUGUGUUGUGAUCCAGAAAUAGCUGUGCAUAUGUUGUACCAGAAUUUUCUAUUAAGGAUUUACUAACAGACAAGACCUAAUACAAUAACAAUGUUUUGACUUUACUUAAACUCGGGCUGUGUAUUUGCAUUGCACUGUACUUGUGUAUUGCUAGAUCCCACAGUACUAGUGUUACUAAUAGAAGCAUUAA